GAGAGUGGUUCAUCCGCCGCACUUUGAUAUCUCCGUCUCCACCGAGCUCAUUUAAGGCUUUAACGGACCCGUCGAGGCCUCAAUUUCUCCCACACGACCUGUGCAUUUCCUCGGACCUCUCUCUCGCUCCACUCAAUUUUUCUCUCUACAGUUCCACAAUGCAGUCUUCAAUUUCUCUCUCCACACCUCAGUCUCACUCAUCCCUAACUGCCAUUGCGAGAUCAAAUUACAAGUUCGAACCAUCUUCAAUCGCUCCGUCCUCUAAUAAGCCUUUGAACAUCCGUUUUUGUGGUCUCAGAAGAGAGGCUCUAGCGUUUUCAUUUCCUCAGCCCAAACGGUGUGAGCUUCAGAGAGUUGCUGUUUCAGGACGAGGACGCUCGAAGAAGGUCUCAGCUUCGUUGUCUGACAACGGAGGUCCUCCGAAAUCGUUCGACUACGACCUUGUUAUCAUCGGAGCUGGUGUUGGUGGUCAUGGAGCUGCGUUGCAUGCCGUAGAGAAGGGUCUCAAAACAGCUAUCAUUGAGGGAGAUGUGGUUGGUGGAACCUGCGUAAACAGAGGUUGUGUUCCUUCUAAAGCUCUUCUUGCUGUAAGUGGGAGAAUGCGUGAACUUCAAAAUGAGCAUCACUUGAAGGCUUUGGGUUUGCAGGUUUCAGCUGCUGGGUAUGACAGGCAAGGAGUGGCUGAUCAUGCAAAUAAUCUUGCUUCAAAAAUUCGUAAUAAUUUGACAAAUUCAAUGAAGGCACUUGGUGUGGACAUACUGACAGGAUUUGGCACAGUACUGGGUCCUCAGAAAGUGAAGUAUGGUAAAGUUGGCUUUACUGACAAUGUGAUAACUGCAAAGGAUAUAAUCAUUGCCACUGGUUCUAUUCCUUUUGUUCCUCAAGGCAUCGAAGUUGAUGGGAAGACUGUAAUUACUAGUGAUCAUGCUCUCAAGUUGGAGUUUGUCCCUGACUGGAUAGUGAUUGUUGGAAGUGGUUAUAUUGGGCUUGAAUUCAGUGACGUGUACACAGCACUUGGUAGUGAGGUCACCUUUAUUGAAGCUCUUGAUCAGCUCAUGCCUGGAUUUGAUCCAGAGAUUGGCAAAUUAGCUCAAAGAAUUCUAAUAAAUCCACGAAAAAUUGACUACCAUACUGGUGUCUUUGCAACCAAGAUUACUCCAGCAAAAGAUGGGAAACCAGUCAUCAUCGAGCUUAUUGAUGCCAAGACAAAAGAGCCAAAAGAUACUUUGGAGGUUGAUGCUGCAUUAAUUGCAACGGGAAGGGCUCCAUUUACUAACGGUCUUGGGCUGGAGAAUAUCAAUGUAGUGACACAACGCGGUUUUGUUCCGGUUGAUGAGCGCAUGCGAGUGAUCGAUGCAGAUGGCAACCUGGUUCCUCACUUAUAUUGCAUUGGUGAUGCAAAUGGUAAAAUGAUGCUUGCUCAUGCAGCAAGUGCACAAGGAAUUUCAGUGGUUGAACAAGUCACUGGAAGUGAUCAUGUGCUCAACCAUUUGAGCAUCCCAGCAGCUUGUUUCACCCAUCCUGAAAUCAGUAUGGUUGGAUUGACAGAGCCUCAAGCCAGAGAAAAAGCUGAAAAGGAGGGAUUCGAGAUAAGUAUUGCCAAGACUAGUUUUAAGGCUAAUACGAAGGCCCUGGCAGAAAACGAGGGGGAGGGACUUGCUAAGUUAAUAUACAGAAGUGACAAUGGGGAAAUUCUUGGAGUUCAUAUUUUUGGAUUGCAUGCUGCAGACCUCAUUCAUGAAGCAUCCAAUGCCAUAGCAUUGGGGACACGUGUUCAGGACAUAAAGUUUGCAGUUCAUGCACAUCCAACUUUGUCCGAAGUUCUUGAUGAACUUUUCAAAUCAGCUAAGGUAAAUAAUGCUCAUGUUACUAGUCCCUUUCGUGAACCUGUUGCUGUCUAAAGCGUUGAACACUCCCGGUGUAACAUUUUUUAAGAAAUUUGAAUGUAUUAGGUAGUGUCAAGGGACUGCACAUCAUACAACGAGGGAAAUAAUCAUCCUCCCUGCCACAAAAAGAGAAGGAACAAAAUGUUGAGAGAUAUGCUAAUAGAAUUUUUAAUUGGGUGUGCUUGGGCUUGUUUUUGAAGUCCUCGCCGAGAUGUUGGUAUUGAUCAUCCUCGGAGUUGUUUUUACUGUCCUAAAGGAAGCCAUUUAACAGAGACUGCCAUGAAUUUUAUCUCUAAACAUCAUGAGAAUUGUUGCAAGUUAUUCGUCUCACUUUUUUCUUGAUUUGAAUUGCA